GCCCGCCCCUGCCGCCCCCGGCGCGGUAAGAUGGCGGCUGCGGCUCAGGCGCUGAGCGGCACCGGGCUGCUGCUGGCCGCCGCUGCCCUCGCCCUCCUGGCCGUGGCCAUCGGCACCGACUCCUGGUACGAGACGGACGCGCGGCGGCACCGUGAACGCUGCCGCGGCUUCGGCCACAAGCGCAGCGACCCGCCCGGCUCCAUGUCGGCUCCCAGCUCGCACCUGCCGCUCCGCGCCCGGCCCCCGCGGGCGCUGCUGCCCGGCCGGCCCCCGGCCCCUGCCCCGGCCGCCGCCGCGGCCGCCGCCGCCCUGGACUCGCACUGCGGCCGCCGCUUCAACUCAACCGUGUCGGGGCUCUGGAGGCGCUGCCAUCGCGCGGGCUACGAGCCGGACAGCGAGGAGCUCAUCCGGAAAGGAGUUAUUCAGCGCUGCACUGCUGUGAAGUACCACUACACCUCCAGCUCUCUGCCUCGCAAUUUACCCAUCAACAUCACCAACACCAUCCGGCAGGAUGAGUGGCAUGCACUCCAUCUGCGGAGGAUGACAGCAGGCUUCAUUGGCAUGGCAGUGUCCAUCAUCCUGUUUGGGUGGAUCAUUGGUGUGCUGGGCUGCUGCAAACAGCAGGAGCUUAUGCAGUAUGUGGCUGGGCUGCUCUUCCUAAUGGGAGGUACAUGCUGUAUCAUCUCACUCUGCACAUGCGUAGCUGGGAUCAAUUUUGAGUUAUCUCGCUAUCCUCGUUACGUCUAUGGGCUGCCAGAGGACAUCAGUCAUGGCUAUGGCUGGUCCAUGUUCUGUGCCUGGGGGGGCCUGGGCCUCACCCUGCUGGCUGGGUUCCUCUGCACAUUGGCCCCAUCCCUCAACACUUCGCGGGCAUCUGUACAAAAACCCAGACAAGAAAAUGGGGCUGUGUGACCUCGGCAGGAGUGAGGAGAGACUCUGGGAAGCGCAGCCUGGGCAGAGCUGUGGGUUAACACCAGGAAGAGGUAGAAUGUCAGCGUGUGGAGAGCAGUGCCAUAGCUGUGGAAACACCAGCCUGUGGGAUGCUGCUACAGCCUCCAGGCGCGGACACAGACAUUGCAAGUAACUCCAGGUUUGAAUUAUUGGUGAUUUGCUCAUUGAUGGUUUAAGGGGGACAGUUCUUUUAAUUUUUCUUCUGUUUACAAGGGAUUAAGUCCAAGGCUGUGUCUUUUUUUGUGCUGUUUUUUGAACUGUACCUCCAUGGUCCUGUUAUUGUCCAGUUGUAAGGGAUGUUUACGCACCAACUCUAUUGCUGCAGGUCUGUGUAAUUCAGACCCAAAUUAGGGCAAGGAGCUAUGUGAAGUUGGCUUGAACACUUUUGCAACA